AUGUGCAAAAUUCAUGAAUUUAAUGGUACAAUAGGUCUCUUACAAUGUCUAAUCUCCCACAACCCACAUGAUUAAAAUUGUAAAUUUAUGUAAUUAGCCGUAAUUUUUCCAUACAAUAUUGGACCAAAUUUCUUCGGAUCCAUCGCUGCCUGGCACAGUGGCCCGAUCCAGUUGAAGUGUGUACAUGUAGAUAUGGAACGCAAGACGACGCCGUUCCUAACCUCUUGGAGCUACCGCAGCUGAACAUCAUUUCAGAGAUUGUUUCAAUGGCGAACGAAGCUUCUGGGUCUUCUUCUUCUCUUCCUUUGAAACGGGGAUUUGAAGAGGAAGAUGAGUUUAUGAUACUAGGUUCGGAGUCGGGUUGGGUCGAGGCUCGAACAUCUUGCGAUCAUUUGGGUUCUUUAUCAUCCGAUCUCUCUCACAUUCCAACUCCUGAUACUUCCUGCUACAGAUGCCAUCAUCCGAAUGAAAACUGGGUGUGCUUGUCAUGCAAGGAUGUACUUUGCAGUCGUUUUGUGAAUAAACACAUGCUACAACAUUAUCAGCAAAUGAACCAUUGUGUUGCUCUCAGCUAUAGUGAUCUUUCAGUUUGGUGUUUUGCCUGUGAUGCAUAUCUAGACGCCCAAGUAAUUGUGCAGCUGAGAACUGUGUAUGAGACUGCUUACAUCUUGAAAUUUGGCGAGGCACCUCCAUUUCGCACUGUUGAAUACUCACAAGAUAGUAAAUCAUCUAAUAAUUAGCUUCAAUUGGCAUGCCUCGCCUAUGGCUAAUUGCAGAUGAAAGUUGUGGAUAUAUCCAAACUCUCUCAGAAGAAAAAACUUUAACAUAUUACAUUUGUGUUUUUCAUUUUUUUUUUAACAUUUUACUUUAUUUUUAGGCUACUUUGUGGGUUGGAGAGGGAGAGGCCGAAUUCGAAUUGUUUUCAUUUACUGAAAACUUGAAUCCAAAAUGUGAAAAUAGAAGUUUUGCUGAUAGCUUGAUACAAGUGGGUACAUGGUUGUUUUUGUUUGC